AUGAUAAGUGACAUAUAUUUUUCAAACGUGUAUGUUUUCAGUGGCAGAUGUCGAAUGCGGCAUCGAUGUGGCUCGCAGCGGCCGUAUAGUUGGAGGCAUCGACAGCUUACCAUCGGAGUUCCCCUGGGCCGCCAGCGUAUGGCGGCAGGGGGCGCACCAGUGCGGGGCCACAGUCCUCAGCGAUCGAUGGCUUUUGACCGCAGGGCACUGUGUAUGCAGCGUCUUCGAUGACUUUUACAAAUCUAAACAGCUCUCUGUGGUCGUUGGCUAUACCGACAUAUCGACUAAAGACGAGAAUGAAGCUGUGUCUAAAAUAAUACCUCAUCCAGAUUACAAAUGUAACCGAAAAUCUAAUGACGUAGCAUUACUGAAGACUGCAAGACAAUUGAGGUGGUCAACUGGACUACAGCCAGCUUGCCUGCCCAACUCUCAAACACAAGACUUCAGUGGUACGUCGGCCACUGUUGCUGGAUGGGGCUUCACGAAUGAGGAUAGGGCAAAAGGAGACAGACCCAACGUUCUGCAGAAGACUGAAGUGGUAGUGGUGACCAAUGAUGAAUGUAACACCUGGUACAAGUCCCAAGGUAGUAAGGUCAAGGUCAUACCGACGCAGAUGUGUGCAGGCCACGAAGUUGGAGGUCGGGACUCUUGCUGGGCUGACAGCGGUGGUCCCCUGAUGAUUAGGGACGACAGACGUCACGUGAUGGUUGUUGGGGUAGUUUCCACCGGCAGUGGCUGUGCAAGACCCAAAAUGCCAGGAGUGUACACCAGGAUAUCACGAUAUACCGACUGGAUCAUCCAAAGUGUUAACAAUGAUAAAGCCAGAACCGGUCUUAACUGGUAUCCUAAUUUCAGCAGUUUUUUUGGUUGAUGGAGAAGUUUUAUGAGAUAUUGCGAAAGGUAUUGUUAAAUGAUAACAAUUAGCUGAAAUUCAUGGUUUGGUCAAGUCUUUACUGUACUUGACUUCACUGGAAAAGAGCAUCUCUUUUAUAUGCUACAGUGAUAACCUUAUUAUAAUAAUUGAAUGAGUCGAAUUAUUCACAGCAAAAAAUACUAAUGUUCAAUGAUUAUAUGUAUUCAUUUUAACACUAAAUAAUAGAAAACGUGUGAACAAUUUAUAUAAAAAAUGUUUAACGUUAUUUUGCACUGCAA